CCCUAUUUUUGACAGAUCCCGUAAAUACUUUUAAAAAGCCGGGUUCGGUAAGCGCUGAAAUUCGUUUACCCUUUCUCACAACCGUCACACCCCUACCACCCAGAAAUCUUGUAAUUUGGCUUCACUUCAAAAGACUUCAGAAACGUAGUGAUACUACGUUUAACGUUGCAAUUCAAAAUGUAGCAUUAAUCGGUGACCGUUGACCAUGAUUUGCAGGUAAUAUUAGAACUUACUUUUCGAGCUCACCGAUAUCAACGAAAGUUUCCUAUUUAUUUGCAUAAGAUUGCAGAUGACAAGAGGCAAGAUGAGAUUAAAAGUUUAAAGUAUUAUGGUGCUAAAUGAAGUAUUUAAUACAUCUGGCUUAAAGACCCCGUCAUCAACUUCCCGAUAAACGGUGGGUCAAGAAGAAACUGUUACAGGAUGGCGAUGAUGAAGUUCUACUGCAAUUUGUACUGCAAUUUCCUCCAGUUUAGUAGUGAUUAUAUAACUGCACUGAGGAAUUGAAUACUACAUUGCAUACGAAGGAACGGAAUGUGUGAUCGUUCACCCCAACUUAUUAGGACGACGACGGCUGCUUGCCACAAGAAGUGCUGCUCGGUGACUCGGUACGGUGGGUAUGCAGUAUGCAGUGCUUCCUUGAAUAGUCUGAGUCUCCGACUGUGAGUCCAUUACAAAAUUCGACUGUCUGGGAAUUUGUACGUACAAGUAUGGGCGUCGCACGACGGACGAACGUCCUCCGUAUAAUUUGACCGUUAAGAAAGGGACCCAGUUUUCAAAAAAUGUCACUAAAAACUGCCCCUUCAUCAUCUCAUCAUGACCUCUUUAAUGGGAUUCGAUGCAUAAAGCCAAGCUCUCUUCUCAUAGUCGGACACCUGCUUGCUUCAUUUUCAGUAUCAAGAAUUUCAACUUUAAUGAUCUUUAAAAUCUGGACGAGUGUGAAAUGCUUCAAAAGCUUUAUGGCCUACAUGGUUCUUUAUGUCCCGAUUUCGAUGAGGGAAACCCUAUUAGAACUAUUAGAACUGUGCACUGCUCACAACCGUGGGGUAUAGUUAAAUAGUAUAUAUAGGUAGUCUAAUAUAACUAUGCCAGAAGAAAAAGUCGCUAUAAAGAACUUGCCCGUACCGUUCCUAGGAACCCUAAUAUGUAAAACAUAUUGGGAGGAAACGAAAAAGUCUUAUACCCACACAUGAGAAAGUUAACGUAUUAUUAGGCAAGUGUAUAGCACACGCGAAUAAAGUGCUCUGAGGAGUGUUCUCUUACAUCUUUUCAACUUUCCAUAAAACGAUAUGAAAUUUUUGCAGCAUUGUGCAGUCAGUCCUCCAGUCUCCUUUAUUAGAGUGAGAGGAGGUGUGCCCAAAUUCAUUUAUCCGAAAUGGAGUGGCAAAUACCUUUAUUACCGGAAGUACCUUGCUUGGAAUAUUCCAUGUAUCAUGCAGUUACUUACUGCACUCAAACCACUUCCGUUCUAUUAAAUUACAAUAUGCAAGACAAGAAGACAGUCUUUGAAAUUUAUUUCAAAGUUUUCGUAAUUAUGACGUGUUCCAAGAAUUUUUGUAAGACAACUUUCCAAAUGAGAAUCUUCCUUUGUUAAGGAGGGCUUCUUUAUUUAAGGGGGCAACAAUGGACACAUGUAAAAGACAAAUCUAUAUAGUGAUUGACAAUAUAUGGGAAUUGCAAAAUUCGACAAUUAAUUAAUUACAUAGUUGGGUUUUAGUUAGGUUUCAGUACAGCAAGAUAAAAUUAGGUUGUACCCAAAUGGUCUAUUUGCAUCCUUCUGUAAAAAAAGACUUCUGAACUCCAUUGUGCACAGUCUUCCCCGUCUCGACUCUGUCCAUGGAAGAGAAAUACUUACAAGAUCUCUCAUAUAUGGACUCUGUCAAAUGUCUGGAGAAUCCUUCGUUCAGUGAGAUGGGAGAAAUUGGUGAAAGCAUGGACGUUGUUUUCUUCGUUGAGAAGAAGAGGGUGCACAUAUUUGACUGACUAGGAACGGUCUUAUCGAUAGGUACAUAUUUCAUAACUCGUAACUUAUAUGCAACUCAUAUCAAAAUUGCCAAAUUCAAAGAUCAUUCCAUUGCCUUGUUUAUUAAUAAGUGCAAAAAAAUUUCAACCAGGAAUAUACACAAGUGCAUGAGAGAUGCUAAUUUCAAACAUGUUCUGCCAAACAAUGUGGAAAGGGUUACAACUGCAAACUUGGGAUAUAUCUAUCAAUCGUAUAAUUACGUACUACCAGCAGCAGUCUCUUUCUCUCAUGAAAUAGGCCCGUUAGUUAUUUCAGAUUAUUAGGUGGUGAUAUAAUAUAGCUCACCUUCUUUUCAGUCACUCAUCCUUCCUUCCUCAACGCUGAUACCGUAGAAACAAAGUCUGCACUUGUUUCAUGGGAAAAUACUCGUCAUCCACACUUUUGUACUUCGUACCGUAAAAGUCCCACGAGUGUGUAUAACAGAGAGUCAAGUCAAAUAGAACCAGACUUGGGCUCAUUCAUUUCCAUUUCAUUUCGUUUUACGAAUUAUGUAGGAAUAGUAAAGAACAAGUCGUCGUCUCAUCUUGGGAAAUUCCAAUGUCCAACAAGCGAAUGAAAGAUCGGCGACACUUUAACAAAUACAUGCUCAAAAUUAAAUAGCACUUAAGUUGAGCUCCACCCAUCCGUUACAAAUAAGAAUAGUAUUCCGUCUGUGCGCUUUUCUGUCUACGAUCAUUGUGCUUUUUAUUGUGUAUCUACGUAUAAAAUGUAACUGAUCAUCACCCCUUUUAAAGUAUCAAAGUAUACAUAAGUAGGGCACCUGCAUAGAAAUUUUAUCUACUCACUUUUUUAGACAAAAGCGCAGUAGGAAGCUAUACGAGUGUUUCAAAAGCUCUGCAUGCACAUGGUGCAGAGAAGCCAAAUGGUAACCGCAACAAAAAGCUAUUUACCUAUUUUACCCAAGAAUUUUUGGUCAAAUUCGGUCACACAUUUUUCCUUAUGCAUGCAUGCACUUGUACGUGAAUGCUGUACGUAUGAGCUAUACAUAGCUGUACAUACAUAUGUAUAACUAUUUGCGAGUAAUUAUUUCUGGGCUGUCGGCUUCUUAAUUUAAUGCUAAUGCUUGACUUCAUGGUCAUGGCUUCGUUUAGAUAUUCGCUAUCUCAUCUCUCGUUAUUACUGCUUGGUAUGGUGCAUGCAUGGUGUGUAUUAAUUCGAUAUAUGCAUUCUCUAGUAUCUCUCAAUAUUUUACCAUUGAAAUCCACAGAGUUGCAUACAAAAUCACUGAAUGAUAAAUAUACAUAAGUUUCUCAAUUUUUAUGUCGAAAAAGUAUGUCUACCUCUCAAUGAGUAUCCACAUAGGGCCUUAUGAUUAAAAAGAAGUAUGCUUUUACUUCAAAUUUCCAACCACAAAAAAAUCUACCAGGAAAAAUUUAGAAGUAAACGCAUUUAUUUUUAUUCAUAACGCCAAAUAGAUUACACACAUGUACAAAUAAGUAGAUACUCAUAUAGACUCGUACGUAUGUACAUCCUCAUGCAUGCAUUUCAGCUAUGUCUGGGUUAAAUGCUUAAAUGUUCUAUCAUAAUAUACCUAAAUACCUUGAUCUGAAUCUUCUGCUGAUUCCCAUCCAUUGCACAUAAAUAUUUCACUCUGCUGCGCAUCGGCACAUGACAAGACUUAUUUGAACGGUAUUACCAUGAUAAAUAUGGCUAAGCCAUGUACUUUAAACGCAUUUAUUGUUAUAACCCCUCUUCCUCUGGGGGUUAUCGUAUCAUUGUAUUUUCCGCAAUAAUAUAUUGCAAAAUACUUAUAAAAUACACGCAGACUUAAUAGAAAUAUUAUAGACAGAAAUAAUGUCCACAACUGAUUUUUUUAGCUCUGGGAAUAAUGCAAUGUCCAAAAUCUUUAAUUCAAGGGAAGGCUUUGAAAAACAAAUGGUGCAUUCUUUUAUGUUUCCAUUCAUUUCCAUUGUGUCCAUUCAUUUCCAACAAACUCAUUCAAUUCUUAAAUGAAACCACAACUCUAAACAAGAACCACAAGGCAUGCAAUCAAAUAAUCAGCAACAUGUACUGCAUCCGGUUAAAAUCUUACAACAAGACGAAAUAUGAAACGUUAUGUAAGGGUAGAUCAGUACUUUUUUGCAUGCGUAUUAUGUUACAUUCUGGUUGUUGCUGCUUAAUUAUGUGCAGUGCCAGUCUUUCCGUUAAGUAUACGAGUAAUUUGAUACUAAAAAGCUUGCAUUUUGUCAGUUGUUUCAUUGCAAACUUUGCCAUUAUAAAUGAUACAUGACCAUGUCUCUUUGUGCACUGGAAACUUGAACUCUUUGAAAAACCAUGAAUGAAUCAGGUCACUUGCAUCAUUUCAUUACUUGUGUUAUGAUGAUAUGUCAGAAACGGCCAAAAUAUCGUAGAGAUUUUGCUAUUAAUCCAGAGUAAUCCAGACCAGAGAGUGUACGACGGAAUGAUCGUCAUGGGCACACAUGCUAGAAAAAUGUCAAACUGCGUUGAUUUGCAAAUCAAGAAACAGCGAAAAUCUAGCCAGAUAAAGAUCAAGAAUAUUGUCAAACAUUAUUUUGCGAGAAGUCACCAUAAAAUGCCUGGCAUUAUUGAAUAUUGUAUACAUAUUAUGAGCAAGUGAGCAUGAUCGUAAGCCUCGUUCGUAAACCCUAAACUAGAGACAGAGUGAAAUUGACGCCAAACAUACAUACAAGAACGGUACGAGACGACGGCAUUAAGAAAAUGGAAGGUCAAAACGAAAAUGAGAAGCAGCUCAAUGUUGAGGAUUAUGAGCUGGCACAGAAAUAUUUUGAUAAACGACGUGAAUGGCCAUUCCGAUGGGGAACGAGAUGUCUUCGAGGGGGUGGUUGGAACUACAACCCGUGUGUGUUCGACAGAACUGGAUGGGAAAAUGUUUACCUGAGCCAACCCUACGACUAUGACGUCCGAAAUGAUCCAGUCUUUGAUUUAUCAAGAUCUACUUAUCAUCGUUUAGGGGACUUGGGGUUCUCUUGGCCUGAGCCCACCACUCGAGAAGCAACUCGUACAGGGUACUGCGGACCCGACAGCCAACACCUGACCCGUCCUGGUUCCCUUCGAUUUCCUGAAAAUGAUCGCCGCCCAGAACCUGCUUUCCGUACUCAUUUGACAGACCGGACCAGUUUGCACCACUUGCGAGCGGAUCCUCUGGAGGGAGUGCUUCCUUAUGGGAGACAAGGGGACAUGACAAAUGCUAAAAGUGUUAUGCAUCGAGAUUUCAAGUGGCGACGAAAGUGCUGCGCUACGAAACCGGAAAGCAGACCACCAACCUAUGAAUCCAGAGUGUAUCGCUUCCUGAAAACCGAUCUUCACAACAACGAAGAUAUGGUGGACAAAGUCGUAAAGUUUAGAGAUGAAGACGUUGUGGAUGACUUUAAGAAGCAGGAGCUUCUCAAACUUAAGAAAGCGUAUUACUGGCCGAUAAGUCCAAUCACUGACGAGCCACUUGGGGGAAGACUUUGCUACUAUCCAGAAGAUCCUUGUGUCGAAAGUCGCGAGAAGAUUUGGCCUUUUGGAGAUAACAAAAUUAUCGACUGUGAUAAUCCACUUAUAAUUCCUGACUGCAGAUGCCAAUUACUGGCUCAUGGUCCAAGAAAGCAAAAGACUUCUAAUGUGAAUUGGAAAUACAACGCUUCUACUUUGGACCAGCGAUGGCAGACUGAAAAUUGUUGCGAAGAAGUGCCAUAUCGCUACGAAGACAAUACACCAUCAGAUUGUUGUUUUUGUAAGGUUAAGGCUAAAGGGCCAGCUCAAGAAAUUCAAAAUAUCACGUGCCCUCCUAAACCUCCUUGUCCUGACAUUCCAUCAACUUUGACGCAGUGCAAAAAAUGAAAUACAUUUGAAAUAGUUGGAAACAAAUUCAGUCCAUGAUUCUUUGUAAAAAAAUAAUACACAGUGCAAGCCAACAAUCUACAUUUAAAUGUCUGUCAUUUGUAUUCACUUUCAUUUCGCUACAUAAAUAAUAGAUCUUAAUAAACAUAUAUUUCCACACAAUAUUCGACAGGGAUUUUAAUAAUGUAGAUACAUUUAGACGCUUCUUACACGACAAAGCAUAAUUAAUAGCGCAUUAAUUGAAAAAUAUUUCUCUACCAAUUUUUGUCAUG